AUGGACACGUGGCCCUCUGGCAGCAUUGAGAGCACUAUUGAGAGAUUAUUGGUCGAGCCGGCUCGCCUGAUGCCAGCUCGAAAANCGACGAGCAUUGAGCCGAUUACCUCCACAGAGCCAACGACUACGCCGCGUGCUGAGAUCGUACAUCCGUCGGAGCUGGAAGCCACGCACAUUCAGCAUAUUCCCUUGAGAGAUGAGCAUGCUGAGAGCGUGGGAGGCGAUGCCACCACAGAGCAGCAGCAGCAGCAGGAGGAGCAGGAGCAGGAUCAGCAGAACGAGUUCCUGCUCAAUCAGAUCUCCAAUGAGAGCGAUGGUGAUGCUAAGGACUUGCAUAAUUUUCGACAUCCGGCAACGCUCAUAACGGCCAGCAACAGCGAGGAGAAUGUGUCCGGUAUCAGUGAGAAUGAAAGUGAGAGCGACAAGUCCGCACUCACAACAACAACAACAACAACAACAACAACAACUGCCGCGCCAACAACAACGACAACAACAAGUGAGUCCGAAGAUCCCUAUCAUGUGCAUAUACUGUCCGAGAAUCAUGAUCGCCUGGCCGAGCACGAAGAUUAUCAAAUGCUGUCGAGCAGCACCGAAGAGGGCGAGCCAGCGACAACAACUGCAACAGCAGCAGCAGCAGCAGCGACAACACCAACAACAACAACGACAACGACAACCGAGUCGAGCGUUGGCAUUAUUGUCAGUAUGGAGAACAAGGCAACGGCACAGCCAUCAACUGAGACGACAUCCACAUCCCGAGCACGCGCCAUGAAUAUGAAUGAGCCAGAGAGUCAGCAACCGACUGAGACACCAAUCGAGGCACAGACAGCGGCAGAGGCAGAGGCAGAGGGCACCACACUCAUGCCGCGAUUCGAAGUGGAUGCGGCUCCAGUGAUUAACAUUGUUGAAGGACAGCAUAUGCUUGGAGUGCAGCACCCAGCCGAGGACGAAACAAGCAGCAGCAGCAGCACUACAGCUCCAACAACAACAACGUCGACCACAACUGAUACGCCAUUUGUUGCAUUCGCUGGCGAGGGUCGCUCGGCAGGUGGUGGCGACGAUUUUGAGCUACUGUUCCAUCACAAUGCCAGCAUGCAUCAGGCUCUUAUGGAUCUCAGCGACGUCAGCAUGGACGAUGAGCGCAUUGAGCCAAUUACAAAUACAACCWCAACAACAACAACAACAACCACAACAUCGACUACAGCUCAGCCCGAAACGGAAGUGCCGAAAAUUGUGGAGAUCACAGCCAGCGGAGAUACCAUGCAGCGCGAGUGCAUGGCCAGCAAUGUGAGCUAUAAGCAUGGCGAGAGCAUGGAGAGAGACUGCGAUGAGCGCUGCACCUGCAACCGCGGCGAGUGGAUUUGUGAGCCACGUUGCAAGGGCGCCAGCUAUCCGCGCGGCAGCCAACGCACCAUGGCGAAUCCGCACUGUCACGAGCGCAUUGUGGAGGAGGACGAAUGCUGUCGGACGAUGGAGUGUGUGGAGCCACUGCUAGAGCCCAGUGUAGCCACCGCCGACCUGGCAGGCAUGCCAGUUGUUGUUGCUGCGGAGCAGAAUGAAGAAGGCACGCCCAAGCCACGCAGCGACUGCCACUACGAGGGCGGCGUCUACAAGUUCCGCGAGCGCCUGGAGAUUGGCUGCGCACAGAUCUGCCACUGCGAUGAGGGAGGCAUCAUGAACUGUCGGCCACGCUGCCCGGAGCGCAAUCAUACGCGCGCCGACAAGUGUGUCUAUGUCAAGGAUCCGAAGGACGUCUGCUGCCAGCUGGAGCUGUGCGAUGUUACCCUGGACGAUCACGAGCAACAGCCGCCACUGUCACCCACGUUGCAUGGCGGUCUGAACAGCAUUGGAGAUGAGCACGAGCAGGAGCGCAGCUUUGGCUUGCAGGAGCAGGCACGCGAUGCUGGCGGUGCCACGCCCCAAUGCAGCUUCAAGGGCGUACAGUAUGAUCUGGGACAGCAGUUCCGCGACGGCUGCGAGCAGCUCUGCAUCUGCAAUGAGCAGGGCGUGCACUGCGCCAAGGUGGAGUGCCCCUCCACCUUCGGCCUGGACGUGCUCAAUCCACUGUGCAUACGCUGGGAGCCGGUGCCGGCGGACUUUAAGCCCGUGGCGCCCCACUGCUGUCCAGAGAGCAUGCGCUGCGUGGACAACGGCACCUGCACCUACCAAGGCAUGGAGUUUGAGAACUGGGCACCCAUUCCGGCCAACCUGACGGGUUGUGAGAAGCACUGCUACUGCGAGAACGGCAAGGUGGAGUGCCGUCCGGCAUGUCCGCCCGUGUUGGCCCUGCCGCCCGCUGACCUGCCUUGCCAUCCGGCUCAGGCGCGCCUGCUGCCCAUACCCGACGACGAGUGCUGCAAGCACUGGGCCUGCGCACCGCUGGCACCCAAGCUCGGUGCCGCUGGGCAGGAGGAGGAGACUCAGCAAGAUCAGCAAAAGCAACCGACCACCCAGCCCUCAAUGACACCUGAAACAACAUCAACAUCGACAACAACGACAACGACUGCAACAACAACUUACAAAGUGUUGCCUGAGAAGCCAACGGAUGUUGAGCAUGAUAAGAAAUCUCAACUGGCCGCCUUCUAUCCCACACUGGACGGCAAGCCGCCAAAGACAGCUGCUGGCGUCUUUGAGAAACAUGACAAACACCACAAGAAGGCCCAGCAACAGCAACACGAGCAGCAGCAGCAGCAACAGCAACAGCAAAAUGACAUUAAGUAUGAUGUGCAUGAGGAUCCGCAGGAGGACGUUGUAAACAAUGGAGCACCAUUGGCGCCAGGAGGCGGCUAUGUGCCACUGCAGCUGGGCGGACACUACAACGACUAUCAACAGCAGCAACAGCAUCAGCAACAGCUGGGACCCUAUGGCUUCUACAAUCCGGCAAAGCCUGCCUAUGAUGCGUACAAUCCCUACGAGCCAUACGACAUUAAUCCGAACGGCAUACCACAGGGCAAGCCGCCGCCGGUGCCGACUAGUCAAUCGGAUCUGUUCAAUAUUCUGGGUGCUGAGCAGCCUGGACAUCCGGGUCAGACAUUGCCCCAGAAGGACAACCACAAUCUGCCCUCACAUGUGAGAAUCGAGCAAAUAUUGCAGCACUUGCAGCAAAGCGUGCCUGGCGGACCAGGAUCCACACCUCAGCAGCAGCAACAGCAGCAGCAGCAGCAACAACAAGGACCUUUGCCUCCUCAUUAUGUGCCCAUAGUGCACAGUGGAGUGCCACCCCCGCCGCCGCCCCAUGGCAUUGCUAUAGUCGAUGGCCAGCCCGUGGCCUAUGAGAGCUAUCCCUUGAUACCCGGCUUGGGCGUGCCACCAGCAUUGCAACAUCCACAGCAGCAACAUCCCCAACAGCAACAUCAACAACAAAAGCAGCUAAAGCAACAACACGAAUCAUUGCAGCAAUUGCCUAGCAUUGCGCCCAGCUCUAGCACCAGCUCUGGUCUGUCCACACAGGCCAGCGAGCACAGCCUGCAUCACAGUCCAAGUCAGAGCCAGAGUCAGAGCCAGGGCCCGGACAAGCUGCCCACGCAACAAGCAGGCUUCAACAACCUGCAGCCCGAUAUCGAAGUGCACACUCUGGAGGCCAUCGAUCCACGAACCAUUCGCAUUGUGUUCACGGUGCCCCUGGUCUAUGUGAAUCUUCAUGGACGCGUUGAGCUGCGCUACACCAAUGGACCGAGCAACGAUACGUCUAGCUGGGAGCAGCAGAUAUUUGCACCGCCCGAAGAUCUGAUUGCCACCUCACAAAUGGAGUUCGAUUUGCCUGGCCUGGAGCCCAACUCGUUGUACAAGGUGAAGAUUACGCUGAUUCUGCGCGAUCUCAACUCGCAGCCCACGAGCAGAGUCUUCACGGUUAAGAUGCCAGCUGAGAGGACGAUAACGCCGCCGCCACAGAUCUCUGACUACAGACCAGACUUCCAGGACAUAUUCAAGACCGUGGAGGAUCCCGAGCUGAAUGUGAGCGAAACGAACGCCACCUGGCUGCAGCUCACCUGGAAGAAACUGGGCGACGACCAGAUGGAGUAUGUCGAUGGAGUCCAGCUGCGCUACAAGGAGCUAACGGGCAUGAUCUAUUCCUCCUCGCCUUUGAUACACCGCACCCUCACCAGCUACACCAUACAGAAUCUGCAGCCGGAUACGGGCUACGAAAUCGGACUCUACUACAUUCCAUUCGCCGGCCACGGGGCUGAGCUACUGGCCGGACAUAUGAUUAAGGUGCGCACAGCACCCAAAACAGAUGUCUACGGCUUCGACGUGAUGGUCAAUGUCACCAAGGUGAAGUCGCAGAGCGUCGAAAUCUCCUGGAAUGGAGUGCCCUACCCGGAGGACAAGUUCGUGCACAUCUAUCGCGCCAUCUAUCAGAGCGAUGCCGGCAAGGAGGAUUCGAGCGUCUUCAAGGUAGCCAAGCGGGAUAGCACAACAGGCACUCUUAUCAUGGACCUCAAGCCGGGCACCAAAUAUCGCCUCUGGCUGGAGAUGUACCUCACCAAUGGCAACACCAAGAAGAGCAACGUGGUCAACUUCAUUACCAAGCCGGGUGGUCCAGCAACGCCAGGCAAAACAGGCAAAUUGCUGACUGCAGGCGUCUCUGAUCAACCAGUGGGUGACUAUUACGGUCCACUUGUCGUCGUCUCCGUUAUUGCCGCCCUGGCGAUAAUGUCGACGCUCGCACUGCUGCUGAUCAUAACCAGGAGACGAGUGCAUCAGACGGCAUCGAUAACACCGCCACGCAAGAGCGAUGCUGCCUACGAUAAUCCCUCGUACAAAGUAGAGAUACAGCAGGAGACAAUGAAUCUGUAACGGGUCGUUCAGAUGAGAGAGGUAAUAUACUCAACGCACCCAAAACUAGCUUAGAACAAUGUUCUUGUAAAUACUUCAAAAAAACUCAAAACUCAGUGUCAGUAAAUGAAAGAAAAGA